UCGUGUCGCCCUCAAGGCGGGCGCGUCAUGUUUGCAUUUACCCGAUUAUUAACUACUUAAUUUUGCGUUUCAAACGUAUUUAAUGUAAAAACCAAGAAGAGUGCGGCGCAUAAAGUGAUCAAAGUGUAUUUGUCGGAAGUAAAGAAGAAAGGAGAUGCCGCCGUUGUCGGGAGGGUUCGGAGAACAGAUAGAGGAUUACGAAGUCCUUAAUUUACUUGGGAAAGGAGGUUUUGCCAGUGUUUACAGAGCAAAAUGUCUCCGCAGUGGAAUGGAAGUUGCUAUAAAAAUGAUUGACAAAAACUUAAUGCAAGCUGCUGGAAUGGUUGGCAGAGUCCGACAAGAAGUUGCAAUCCAUUCUCGUUUGAAACAUCCAGCUGUAUUGGAGCUAUAUACAUUCUUUGAAGAUGCCAAUUAUGUUUAUUUGGUUUUGGAACUUUGUCACAAUGGAGAACUUCAACGGUUCUUAAAGACCCAAGGUUCUCGUGCCCUCUCUGAAGAACAGGCUGGUCGUAUAAUAAAACAAGUAGUACAAGGCUUGCUAUAUUUACAUUCUCAUCAAAUACUACAUAGAGAUAUGUCUUUAUCAAAUCUACUUUUGACAAGAGACAUGCAGGUGAAAAUUGCUGAUUUUGGUCUAGCUACACAAUUGACACGGCCAGAUGAAAAACAUUUAACAAUGUGUGGCACACCUAACUACAUCUCGCCAGAGGUUGCUACAAGAUCAUCGCAUGGUCUCGAAGCAGAUGUAUGGAGCCUAGGGUGUAUGGUGUACACUCUGCUCAUUGGCAAGCCUCCAUUUGACACAGAUGCCGUUAAAAGUACCUUAACUCGAGUAGUAAUGGCAGACUAUGUCAUGCCAUCUCAUCUUUCUGAAAAUGCAAAGGAUCUUAUAGAUAGAUUGCUCAAGAAGAAUCCACGAGAUAGAAUUCGUUUAAAAGAUAUCCCCAAGCAUCCAUUUAUUGCAUUGUUUGAUAAGAGUCGCACUAGUAAAGAAAGAAUUGGACUGGGUAGGGAACUAUCAAGAAGUGGUACGAUAGAUUCUGGAUUAGGACGCACUCUGUCCUCUUGUGGGCGACAACGAAUCCGAUCGCGAUCAGAAGAAAGAAUGUCAACCACACCUGCUAUGUCCAACAUACUCGGAUCUACUGUUAGUGCUAGAAGUGAACCUUUAUCCGACUCGAUAGCACAGACACGAUCAUCGUAUCGUAUUAACUGCAAUGAUCGCAAUCGCGAUGAAAACUCUGUCUUGGCUGGUAUACCGCAGCCUCCACGAAGUAGAGUGUUUUUGCAGAGCGAAUCGAUUAGUAACGAAGUUCAGGACGAAGAGGGACAACAAAAAAGCGACAGGCAGCGAAGAAAAGGAUAUGAUAAUAAUUAUGAAAAGGAAGGUGAAGAAAUGAGUAAUAAAUUGUCAGUGCCUCCAUUCAAUACGGAGAGACUCCAGCCCACAAGAAAUCGUACUAAAAAUGCUAUUCUCACGAUUUUAAACACUGGCGAAGUGUGUAUAGAAUUUAUUAAAAGGAGAAACGGCGUGGAAAGAAUAAAUGAAGUAUGUCGCAUUUCCGGCGAUGGUUUACGCGUCGUACUCUAUAAACCUCCAGAAGGAACGUCAGUUGAUCUGCAACCACCACCUUUACCAGCUCGGGGCGCAGAUAGUAUACAUUCUUACGAGAGCUUACCGUUCCGUCAUCAUCGGAAAUAUAUCUACGCUGCACGUUUCAUAAAACUUGUCAAGGCGAAGACACCAAAACUUACAGUGUAUACUCUCCGAGCUAAAUGUCUCUUUAUGGAAAACGGUCCGCAUCCUGACUGCGAAGUACAUUUCUAUAACGGAAUUAAGAUAGUACGUACUGAUAGUAUGGUGAAGAUAUUUGACAAAGACGGCGGUCCCACUUAUGAGGAGAACGACUACCCUCCAGUACUGGAAGAAUUUUAUGAGCAUUAUACACAAUGUUAUCAACGGUGUUUGGUAUUAGAAUCUACAUUAAUGUCCCUGGAGUCAGCUACAGGUUAUUCAUAUUUCCCGGCUAUCAUUGGACGAAGGCCAACGGCGGCUCUGAAUGAUGCACCUUGUUCGCAAGGAAAAGAAAAUAUGCCUCAGGCAACAAAUAAUCCACCGAUUAUGCCGUCUUUUGAAACUACCUGUUCCAUGGUAUCGACGGUGGCUUCUCGGUCACGGAGAUCUAAUUCUGUACGAGUGUCUACCUAUAAUACAAAUAAAGUAACAGUUCCAGGAAUUGGAAUAGCUUGUCAGCUACCAUCCGGGGAUGUUAAAGUCGAGUACAAAGAUGGAUCUACUCUCACCGUAAGUCCCCAGAGCUACGGUGGCGGUAUUUUGUACGAAAAUGGUAACGGGUCUAUUGCAAGGUACAAUCAGGAUUGUCAUCAAAAUUUGGACGUGCCUUCAGCUGUUAGAGAAAAGCUUCAGCAUUUACCUGUAGUUAUCAAACAUCUUGUCCCACCUAAGCACAAGAACUUACGAUAAAUUCAGGGUUGCUUGAAGUGUAUUUUUUUUUACAGCAGUACCUAUCUAUAAUAAUUCUCGAUAAAGAUAACGACAAAAUAGAUUAUA